GUGAGAGAGGAGUGGCAUCUAUCACCGUUCAUAGAUGGUUCACCAGGAACCAAACGGACGCAAACGGGACAAAAAGGGGCGGGACUUACCUCAAUUCAUCCAAUAAGAAACUAUAAUAUUCGUUGCAAAAUAUUUACCGUUAAAACGUUUUGCUACGACAUGGAUUAAUGAAUACACCCCCAGGGUGAGAGAGCGAGAACACCGAUGACUUUCUAUGAACAUGGCCGCUCAAGAUGAACUCAAUCAACUGGAGCGAGUUUUCUUGCGUUUGGGCCAUGCAGAGACAGACGACCAACUCCAGGACAUCAUAUCCAAGUUCCUGCCCCCGGUCCUCCUCAAACUGUCCAGCGUGCAGGAGGGAGUCAGGAAGAAAGUGAUGGAGCUCCUGGUCCACCUGAACAAGAGGAUUAAGAGCAGACCUUUGAUUCAGCUUCCAGUAGAGACUCUCCUGGUUCAGUACCAGGACCCUGCAGCAGCAUCCUUUGUUACGAACGGUGGAUUCUCUCUGCAGAAUUUCACUAUCAUUUACAUCAAGAUGGGUUACCCUCGACUGGAGGUGGGGAAACAGUGUGAGCUGGCACCAACCCUGCUGACUGCUAUGGAGGGCAAGCCUGAACCCCAACAGGAUAGCUUGAUGCAUCUUCUGAUCCCAUCCUUGUAUCACAUGAAGUACCCAAAGGACUCCUCCAACACUUCCAAGAUGGCCUCCCCCUUCAUCCUGAUGGAGAAACCCAAAACGGUCCAGCUACUGCUGGAGUUCAUGCUGGACGUACUGCUGAUGCCCUACGGGUUUGUCCUGAACGAACCUCCCACUCGCCCAGCUCCCUCGUCCCCUCAGGGUAGCUCUGGGGCAGCGGCGGCCGGACAGGGCCUCCCCCAGCCUCCUCCAGGGAUGAGCGUCUACGCUGCCAAGAGGGUCAUCGGAGAGGCCCAGUGGAGCCCAGAGCAGCUGGAACAGUGUAAGCUCGGCAUAGUGAAGUUCAUCGAGGCAGAGCAGGUACCAGAGGUGGAGACGGUCAUACACCUGGUGGUUGCCUCUAGCGACACAAGACACGGCGUUGCCACGGCCGCAGACCUGGAGCUCAAGAGCAAGCAGAGUAUUAUCGACUGGAACAACCCCCUGAUCGUCAACAAGAUGUACAAGGUCUACCUGGGAGACAUCCCCCUCAAAACUAAGGGGGCCAGUCUGAAGAGAGAGCUGAAACAUGAGCCGGUCAGCACCAGAGUCAAGAUGAAGAUCCUACCACAUCUCUUACGCUCACGCCUCGCCGCUGAGUGCUUCCCUGCUAACAUACAGGUGGUGUACGACGGUCUGUUUGGAGCCAACACCAACAACAAGCUGCUCUCUCUUACACUUCAGUUUGUUCACCACAUCUGUCAGGUAUGUCCUGACACCAACAAGCCACUGGGUCUGAUGCUGCUGAAUGGCCUCACCAAGCUCAUCAAUGAGUACAAAGAGGAUCCUAAGUUGCUGUGUAUGGCCUACUCUGCUGUGGGGAAACUGUCCAGCCGGAUGCCCCAACUCUUCACCAAAGACAUUGCUCUGGUCCAGCAGUUCUUUGAGGCCAUGUGCAAGGAGGAGCCUGACGUCCGUCUAGCCAUCCAGGAGGCUCUGUCUAUGAUGGUGGGAGCCUACGCUAACCUACAGGGGGCGCUGCUGAACCUGAUGGAAGCUCUGGUGGCAGCUUACAUGGGCAAGCCUGAGGUGCAGGUGCGUCAGGUGGCAAUGAAGUACGCCAGCACGGUAUUCGCUCCUGAUCACGUGCCCUCCAGAUACUUGCUCCUAUUGGCUGCCGGGGACCCGAGAGAAGAGGUGUGCAGCGAGGCCCAGCGUGUCCUGAGGGCUCUGCCUGCUAAGAACUCAGAGAAAGAGGGCCGUAAACCCAUGCCCUCCUUCCCUGACAUGGUGGCCUAUAUCCAGGAGAAGGCUGCUCAGAGGAUGAAGACACCAGCUAAGUACAUCGUGGGGACGAACACUCUACCCUUCAACCCUUCUGCAUUUGGCGAGAUCGUGCUGUACCUGCGGAUGUGUCUGGCCCACAGUGCCGGGGCCACGCCCGUCUCUAAGAGCCUGGCGGACAUGCAGGAUGACGCGCCUGCCAUCGGACGCUACAUACACACCCUGCUCUCCAACCAACCCCUGACCUCCUCGUCCUCCACUGGAACCAAGGGAGCAGAGGUCAACCCUGUACAGGUCUACAUGGAGCUACUGCAGCAGCUGCUGUCUGCUGUAGGAGGAGUCCCUGUGAUGUACUGUCUUCUGGAGGUAGUGUCUGUCUGUCCUCACAACCUGGCCCCCAAGUUUAUCCACAAGAUCGACUGGAUCAAGAGUCUUAUGAACACCAACAAGGAGGACCUAAGGGAGCUAGCAGCUCAGCUUUAUGCUGUGGUGGUGUCCACCAUGUCAGGAAACGAGCUGAAGACUGCCGUUCAGACGCUCAUCAAGAUCACUAAAGAUACUCACAGCCCUGAGACCCAGCACGGAGCCAUCAUGGCGCUGGGCUACAUGGUGGCCAGGUACAUGAGCAAGAGGAAGUCCUUCGCUAACGGAGACUCUGCCCUCAACCGGGAACAGAGGAUGAACGACACGCCCAAGGAGGAUGAGGAGCUGGUCGCUAUAGCAACCAAAGCCAUCGGCUCUUUCCUAGACAGUGGUUCCCCCCUGCUGGCGGUCGCUGCCUGUACGGCCCUGGGGGAGAUUGGGAGGAACGGGACUCUGCUCAUCCCUUCAGAAGGAGAGGGAUUCACCAAACUAGCCAUGGUGGAGAACAUGCUGGCUCGCAUCCCCUCUGGGAAAGAGACCCUCAAGAUGAAGGAGAGAGCCAUCCAGACUCUGGGUUAUCUACCAGUGGGGGACGGGGACUUUACCCACCAGAAGAAGCUGCUGCAGGGGCUCAUGGACUCUGUGGAGGCUAAACAGGUAGAACUACAGUUUACAGUAGGUGAGGCCAUCACCAGUGCUGCUAUAGGGACCAGUUCUGGAGCUGCCAGGGACCCAUGGACCUGUACUGAGGAACAAUACAGUCCCCCAGACAAUGUGAAGAGUAAUGAUGUGGUUCCGUGGGUGCUAAACUCCAUCCUGGCUAAGUACAUCCCAAGUCAAAACCCCCACGUCAGACAGGCUGCCUGUAUAUGGCUGCUCUCUCUGGUGAAGAAGCUGCACCAGCACAAAGAGAUCAGGUCUCACCUGAAGGAGAUCCAGACUGCUUUCAUCUCCAUCCUGUCAGACCCUGAUGAGUUGAGUCAGGACGUGGCGUCUAAAGGUCUCGGUCUAGUCUAUGAGAUGGGAGGAGAGGGAGACCAGCAAGAACUGGUGUCUACACUGGUCGAAACACUGAUGACUGGCAAGAGGGUGAAGCAUGCCGUUUCGGAGGACACGGAGGUGUUCCAGGAGGAAGCCCUGGGGAAAGCCCCCGACGGGCACGGACUCUCCACCUACAAGGAGCUGUGCUCAUUGGCCAGUGACCUCAACCAACCGGAUCUGGUCUACAAGUUCAUGAACCUAGCCAAUCACCACGCCAUGUGGAAUUCCCGCAAGGGAGCAGCGUUUGGGUUCAACAUCAUAGCAGCGAAGGCAGGAGAGCAGCUCGCCCCCUACCUACCUCAGCUGGUACCACGUCUGUACAGAUACCAGUUUGACCCCAACCUGGGCAUCAGGACGGCCAUGACCUCCAUCUGGGACGCUCUGGUCACUGACAAGAACAUGGUUGAUAAGUAUCUGAAGGAGAUCCUCCAGGAUGUGAUAUCUAACCUGACCAAUAGCAUCUGGAGGGCCCGGGAGUCCGCCUGCCUGGCUCUCAACGACCUCAUCCGAGGCCGCAACGCCGACCAUCUCAUUGAUCACCUGGCAGAGAUCUGGGAGACCCUGUUCAGGGUGCUGGACGACAUCAAGGAGUCUGUCAGGAAGGCUGCUGAUAUAACCCUCAAAACACUGAGUAAGGUGUGUACUAGGAUGUGUGAGUCGUCAGGUUUAGCAGCCCAGAGGACUGUAGCUGUUCUGUUACCAACCCUCCUGGAUAAAGGUAUCGUCAGCAACGUGCCUGAGGUCCGCUCUCUCAGUAUCCAGACCCUGGUGAAGGUGUCUAAGACAGCUGGUAACAGGUUGAAGCCCCACGCCCCUCGUCUGAUCCCUGCCCUCCUGGAGGCCCUCAGUGUCCUGGAGCCACAGGUCCUCAACUACCUCAGCCUCCGAGCCACAGAGCAGGAGAAGAGUGCCAUGGAUGCUGCCAGACUCAGUGCUGCCAAGUCCUCCCCCAUGAUGGAGACCAUCAACAUGUGUCUGCAGCACCUGGACGUGUCUGUCCUGGGGGAGCUGGUCCCCAGACUCUGUGACCUCCUGAAGAGUGGAGUGGGUCUGGGCACCAAGGGUGGUUGUGCCAGUGUGAUCGUGUCCCUCACCGUCCAGUGUCCCCAGGACCUCACCCCCUACUCAGGUAAACUGAUGAGUGCCCUACUGAAUGGAAUCCAUGACCGUAGCAGUGUUGUCCAGAAAGCCUUCUCCUUCGCUCUGGGACAUCUAGUCAGGACAGCGAAGGACAGCAGUGUAGAGAAACUCCUACUGAAACUCAACACCUGGUACCUGGAGAAAGAAGAGCCGGUGUACAGGUCGUCGUGUGCCCUGACGGUCCACGCUAUCAGCCACUACAGCCCUGAUGUCCUGAAGGGCCAUGCGGUGGUCGCUCUGCCUCUAGCCUUCCUGGGUAUGCACCAGGCACCGGGACCAGACGAGGAGAAGGGAGAGAGCCAUGACGCCACGCUGUGGAACGAGGUCUGGCAGGAACACGUACCAGGAAGCUUCGGGGGCAUCCGUCUCUACAUGACGGAGCUGAUCGACAUUACCCAGAAGGCCUUGCAGUCCCAGUCGUGGAAGAUGAAGGCCCAGGGUGCGGCUGCCAUGGCGUCCAUCGCUAAGCAACAGACGGGUUCUCUGGUCGCCCCUCACCUGGGUAUGGUGUUGUCCGCUCUACUGCAGGGACUGGUUGGGCGCACCUGGACUGGAAAGGAGGAGCUGUUGAACGCCAUCGGCUCUGUGGUGUCAAAGUGCAGUGGGGAGCUCCAGAAGUCCUCCCCGGGCCAGCCCAGUGUACCAGAGGUGAUAGAUCUGGUGUUGAAGGAGUGUCGUAAAGACAACCUGGUCUACAAGAUGGCUGCCCUGGGCUGUGCUGCUGACGUCCUGCAGGCCACACAGGAAGACCGCUUCAGUGACAUGGCAGACAUACUCAUACCACUCAUUAAGAAGAACUCUGCAGCAACUUCGAGGUUGAGACAUGAUAGUGAUGACGAUCGGGAUGAGAAGGAGAAGGAGCUGCAGACUGAAGCUCUACUCUGUGCCUUCCAGACGCUGGGCAAGACCUGGCCCAACAACACACAAACCCAGGAGCGUUUCCAGUUGGACCUGUGCUGUCUGAUGUGUGAGAGGUUGAAGCUCAGUACAUGGAGGGUCCAGGUGGGGGUACUACAGUCUAUGAAGGCGUACUUCCAGGGGUUGCUACUGUUGGAGAAAGAGAAAGACAACCAGAACUUCACAGCCUUGUCCCUUAUUCUCACAGAGACAUGCAGCGCUCUCACACACCCACUAGAGAAUAAGGGUUACUCCUCUGUGAGGACCGAAGCCUUGUCUGUUGUGGAACUACUGGUGAAGAGGACCGGAGAGAGCGGUCAGUGGGAGUGUGUAUCGGGGAAGAGUCGCGAGCAGCUGCAGCGUUCCCUGUCCACCCUGCAGACAGACAGCAGACCUGACCUACGAGACAAGGCCCAGGAACUACGGAGGAACAUCCAGAGUCAACCCUGAACACACACACACACACACACACACACACACACACCUAGUCAACCCUGAACACACACACACACACACCUAGUCAACCCUGAACACACACACCCCCAGAUCUCUGUCUGGACAGGCGUGAUGAGUUAUAAUGUGUAUUGUGUCGAUGGGUGGACGGCUGGGGCAUUAUAAUUGGACAGUGUCAUAGUAAACGCCAUAUCAACUCACUAUGUAAACAAACAGCACCCUAUUCCCUCAGUAGUGUACUACUGUUGACCAGGUCUUCUAGGACUCUCUGCUCUGAAGUAGUGUACUACUGUUGACCAGGUCUUCUAGGACUCUCUGAAGUAGUGUACUAUGUCGUCCAGGGAUCAUCAACUAGAUUCAGCCGCGGGACAAUUUUUAUUUUUUUUCUUGAGCAGAUGGGAUCAGGUGGCUAUUAGAUCAAUGAUUAUAAUUGACAAAAAAACAUUUCAAAUCUAGUUUAGAAUCACAUACAUCUCUUGGAGACUUUGGAACAUAUUUCCCAAACUAAAAGCAGUUAAUGUUUUUUUUACAUACUUUCUUUAAAAAAAAUACUCGGGGGGCCAAAUAAAGUCCUGGGCAGUUUGGGAACCUGGAUAAAGGGAAUCUGGUGCUGUUAGGGAUUUGUCCUGUAACAGGUCCCUUCUUUCUCUCCUGCUGCAGCCAGUACAGUACGUCCCACAUGGUGCCCUUAUUCCCUAAACACUACUAGUGGGAAUAGGUUGCCAUUUGGGACGUAACCAAGGAUGAUACUGCAACUUUAUUUAACACGUUGGUUGUCAACUCCCUGGUCCUGGAGCACGGAGGCUGUUCCAGCCCAGUACUAAUAGUCUACAGCACCUGUUCAACUCAUUCCACAGAGAGCUGAGUGUCUGGAGCUUCUCCCUCGAUGAAUUAAGGUCACUAAUUAGGAAGGAACUCCCCUCACCUGGUUGUCUAGGGCUUAAUUGAAAGGAAAAACCUGCGGCCACUCCCCUGAUGUUAUCACAGUUUGGAUCAGUACUUGACUUGGACUGAAAUAGGUUCAGGAGCUCAAGCAGUAGAACCAGUGAACUCCUGAUCUUGAUGAUAGGUAAUGUUAACUAGUGCUGGGUUGGACCAAAAGCCUGCACCUCUUCAGAACUGGAGUUGGUGACCAGUGAUGUUUCUCUGUCUGAACUGGUCAUUAUGUCUCUCCCCCAGUUUGCAUGUUUAAAACAUUUUCAGAAAUGUUGAUUAUAAACGCAACAAUGAACAGUGGGGGUUGGUGAGCGGGAGGCAUGUGUUCUUGUGAAUUUGUUUCCAAAAUAAAAACUACCUUGAGCUUU